AUGGACACUGGCCUGGCCUCCUCUUGCUCCUAUCGCUGUGUGUUAGCCCCACUCCCUCAGGCCACCGCUAAACUCUGCAGACAGCACACGCUACAUGGGAAGAGCCCUGUCAACAUGCCCUCACAGGGCUGCACCUGGAACAACAAAAGAAUCCCAGUGACGGGACGCGUGGCCGCGCUGAUGGCUAUGCCCGCUGACUGUGACUGUAGGGACGCUCACGACAAAAGCCUUAACGGUUACGUUAAAGCACGUGCUGUCCCAUUGAGCCCAGAUCCACACGAGCCUUGGCUCAGGCUGCCAUUGUCCCGAAUAUGGAGUUCCCACAAAGUGGCACUGUGCGUUGGGUCGCUCUCUGCGUGCCUCGCGCUUCUGGUCAGAUGUGCAGAGUGGAGGGCUGAGCACAGCACGCGCUCUCACUCUGUCCUUCACUUGGUGUGGAGCUGCGUGGCGGAGCUGGUCCAAACUUGCUGGAGCGCGCUCUCGCCGCUCUUCAGCCUCCUAUGUGCCUUCUUUUGGCUGGGGGUGUUCCUGUUCCGUGGAGGGGUCCUGCUCCACACUGCGCUCGCGUUGCUCACCCUGUGGCACCUGGCCGAAGGGGCGGCGUGCUCUCUUCUGGACGGGACACAUGAACCACUUUUGUCGGUCCCCAGCACGGCCGUGGUCGUGCUCGCGUGCGUGGCCGCAGGCGCACUGAUGGUAGUGCGUCUGAACCAGCGCAUUUCCGUGAUCUUGUUCCUUAGUGUGGCCAGGACUUUAUCUGUGUUUUCGCUCCACAAAGUGCGCGCUGCUUGGAGACCAUACGUGGCGUACCUGCUGGGAGUGUUGGGCAUCCUGCUCGCGAGGUAUGCUGACAGGCUACUGCCUCAGCCCGGGACACUGCACGAGGAGGGCUGCACCCCCGCGAGCGCCACUCAAGAGGUGCCUGUGUUUAAAAGGCGCAGAAGGUCCAGCUCUGUGAUCUCCACAGACAUGGCCCACAGUCACAACAACAGCAAGUCCCACCGGAGGACGUCUCUGCCCUGCAUCCAGCGGGACCAGAUCCUUUCCCGCUCAGACUGGGACCACAAGAGGGGCUCCCGAGGAUCACAGUCAUCAGGCACCACUGUCAUGGUGGACAUUGCGGUGAUGGGAGAAGCUCAUGGACUCAUCACAGAUCUGUUAGCAGACCCUUCUCUGCCCCCAAACACCUGCACGUCUCUGAAAGCUGUUAGCAACUUGCUAACCACCCAACUCACCUUCCAACCGCUGCACCGGCCACGCCCUGCACCCCUGCUCAACCCCAGCGACGCCUACACCUGCUCUGACUCAGAGGAUGUGCCCGAGAAGGGUGAGAAGACCUCCAUACACAAGCGUCUGAGGAGGAGUCUGCACCCGGGGCUCUUGAGGAGGAUCUCGUCCACAUGGACCACCACCACCUCAGCCACAGGCCUGCCCACCAUCGAGCCAGGGCCAGUCAGGAGGGACCGCAGCGCUAGUAUCAAACCCUACCACGAAACACUCACAUGCAGCUGUGGGAGGCCAUACAUUAAACUGAGUCAUGGAGAAGGUUCAUUGGACAAAGGAGACAGGAUACCUCGACCAGGAGAGGACCCAGUGGUUGCGUCAUCAGACUACGAGAGCAUCCAUGAGGCCAACCACAGUGACAGCAGUGAUGUAGCACCCACAGAGGAGGACGCCGAGGAGGGCAAGAGCACCUCUCAAAACGUCAUCCUGCACCCGCUAAUACCUCCGGAGGACAAACCCAUUCUGGCCCCUGAACCCUUGCUGAUGGAGGGUCUGGAGCCAAUGAUGAGCCAGCUAAAUAAUUGGAACUUUCCCAUUUUUGAUCUGAUGGAGCAAACAAGUGGGAAAUGUGGAAGGAUUCUCAGUCAGGUUUCGUACCGACUCUUUGAAGACACGGGCCUGUUCGAGACUUUCAAGAUCCCUGUUAAAGAAUUCAUGAACUACUUCCACGCCCUUGAGAACGGGUACAGGGACAUACCGUACCAUAAUAGGGUGCACGCCACAGAUGUGCUUCAUGCAGUCUGGUACCUCACCACUCAGCCUGUGCCUGGUCUGCCCAGCCUCCUCAAUGACCACGGAUCAGCCAGUGACUCAGACUCUGACAGUGGGAUAACGCACAGUCACAUGGGCUUCCUGGUGUCUAAGACCUACACUGUGUCAGAGGACGGUUACGGCUGCCUGUCCGGCCUCAUCCCCGCUCUGGAGCUCAUGGCUCUGUAUGUGGCAGCCGCCAUGCACGACUACGACCACCCCGGGAGGACCAACGCUUUCCUGGUGGCCACCAGUGCUCCUCAGGCAGUCCUCUAUAAUGACCGCUCAGUGCUGGAGAACCACCAUGCCGCCUCAGCCUGGAACCUGUUCCUGUCACGGCCUGAGUUCAACUUCCUGGUCAAUCUGGACCAUGUGGAGUUCAAACGCUUUCGCUUCUUGGUUAUUGAGGCCAUCCUUGCCACUGACCUGAAGAAACACUUUGACUUCCUUGCUGAGUUCAAUGCCAAGGUGGGUGAUGACCCCUCCACUGGGAUUGACUGGUCCAAUGAGAAUGACCGUCUGCUCGUGUGUCAGAUGUGCAUCAAACUGGCCGACAUCAACGGGCCUCUCAAGUGUAAAGACCUGCACCUGCAGUGGACCGAGGGCAUUGUCAAUGAGUUCUAUGAGCAGGGUGACGAGGAAUCUAGCCUGGGCCUUCCCAUCAGCCCCUUCAUGGACAGAGCCAAACCACAGCUGGCCAAACUGCAGGAGUCCUUCAUCACUCACAUCGUAGGGCCUCUGUGCCACUCGUACGACUCUGCCAGCCUCAUGCCCGGGCGGUGGGUGGAGCCCUGCUCUGAGGAGGAUGAGCCAGAGAACGAAGACGAGGAAGAGGAGGACACAGCAGAGGAAGACACAUCUACCAGCUCUGAGAUAUCACAGAAAGCUGUCCCUAAAAAGCGAAGGAAAGUGUUUUGUCAGAUCACACAGCACCUGCUGGAGAACCAUGAGAUGUGGAAGAAGGUGAUCGCAGAAGAGACGCCUAAACAAAGCCAGGGCACUGAGUCUGUGCUCCUAAACAAUGUAGCAGAACCCAUCCUGGCCAUUCAUGAAGAGGACGAGGAACCGGGCAGCAGGGAGGAGCUGGUGGAGGGGGAGGAGCCAGAGGUGACUGAGGAUGAACCUGACUGGUCGAGACAAGAGGAGGUAGAAGAAUGA